AUGAAUGAUGAAUCAUUUAGAAAGAAUUUCAGCAUUACAAACCAUCCUUCAAGACCAAUUAGUCCUGACGUAUCUCCUAACUCGGCUCCAACAAGAAUAAAUUCUGUUAUUGAUUUAUCUAAACUUAUGAGUAAUGAAGAUAUUCAACCUAUGAAAUUAAAAUAUUCCAAUACUUCUGAAAUACCCAUUCUGAAAAUCAAUUCUCGUAUGAAUUCACAAGUUAAUCUUGCAAAUUAUGGAAACUCAAACAUGGGUUCUAAAACAGGAUCAAUGGUUGAUUUUAAAAAUUUCAUUAGUUCCCAGAAUUCAUCCAAGGAUAAUUCAACUGCCGAUUUACCUAAAUAUAUUGCAUCAUUACAAAAUAGAAGUAGGUCCAGUUCAAAUCCAUUGAUGAAUGUUAUGGUUUCGCAUAAUGCUGAUGAUUCAUAUUUCCCGUCACAUAUUGUUGGACGUGUCAAAUCACCAGAGUCAGACAUGUCUGUAGACGGAUCUAUAAGUGAACAAGAUGAACAACUUGGUAGUAUAAGUGAAGAUAAUGAACCACAUUCAGCUGAACCGAUUGGAUUAUUUGAUUCCAUGGUGGGAAGAAAUUCACCAAUUGAGCCAUUAAAUCGAGCACGUUCAUUAAAUAAAAGAAGAACAAAUAGUCCGUUAUUUGUUGCACAAACUCAAAGAAAACUGCAAUCACUGUUAGCACAGAAUUCAUUCAGUCAACUUAGUAAAAUUGCCCAAGAUCCAAUGCAAAAAUCCUACAGUGAAAGUAGAGUCAACAAGGGCUCCAAAAUCAGUAAUGGUGAUGAUGAAGAUAACGAUGAUGAUGAUCAUGAUGAUGAUGGAAGAAUGUUUUCUUUAUCUUUUAGUUCAUCAAUGAAGAAAGCUGUUAGUGAAAGGGCGCCGAUUACCAAUCGUCCAAGAACGAAUUCAUUCAAGUUGUUUCAAUCGAAUUCCAAUGAUAAACGUAAUAAUUCCUCCACUCGUUCAAUGUUUUAUAAUUUUGACAGUAGUGGAGGUUCAUCUUCUUCUGAAGAUGAUAGUGAUAGUGAUGAUAAUUAUGACAAUAAUAAUAAUAAUAAUAAUACAAAGAAACAAACUCCGAGAUAUACACCUAAUAGAGAUGAUAAAGGCACCACUGACUAUUUCUGGUUUGGUCAAAAUAGAUGA